CUAAAACACACUGCAGAUCCACUAUGGCUGCUUCUCUUUUAGGAUCAGUGGAUUUUAUGGAGGAUUUGGUCUGUGCCAUUUGUCUAGAAGUGUUUAAGCAGCCGGUGAUUCUGGAUUGUGGCCACAAUUACUGCAAGUCUUGUAUUGAUGGUGUUUGGAAGAGUGAAGGUACCCCAAAAUGCCCAGAGUGUCGAGUUGUAUGCCGUGAGAAGAAAUACACUUUCAAUCGAUUACUCUGUAGAAUGUCAGAAAAAGCUUGUAGCCUGGACCUGGAGCAAACUGAGGACAGAAAUAAUUUAAGUCUUAGAGUGACACAGUUAGAUUUACAUGCAGAGAGAGAUAUCCAUCUGUGUGAAGUACAUAAGGAGGGGCUGAAACUGUUUUGUGAAGUGUGUGAAAGUCCAGUUUGUGUUAUUUGCAGAGACUCAAAGAAGCACAUUGGUCAUAAUUUUCUACCAAUUCAAGAGGCCGAACAGCAGCUGUUACAGAAAUACAAGAAGGAGCUUAAACGUAUAUCUUUAAUACUUGAAUCCCAACUGAUGGACCUCAGAACCCAACAGAAAACACAAGAGCAGAAGAGAAUCGAUACUAAGAAUGACACCCGUGUUUUGGAGCAACACAUUUCCUCCGAGUUUGCCAAAAUGCACCAGUUCCUCCAUGAAAAGGAAGAACAUCUGAUCCAGCUGCUGAGGGAUGAGGAGACACUGAUCCUUAUGGCGGUAGAGGAUAGCCUGGAAAAACUGCAACAGGAGAUGGAUGUCAUCCAGAGGACGUUUAGUGAUAUCCAGGCACUGCCGUGUGGACAAGAGUUGGGCAGCAUUGCUCUAGUUAAGGCUGCAAGAAAUGUCAUUAAAAAGAGCCAUAAAGAGAUGCCAGAGAAUGCUGAUUUUGAAGGCAAGGCUGUGUCCUAUAACCAGAGAUUGGGAGUGUUUCGAGGCCCUCUACAGUAUAGUGUUUGGAAGGAAAUGAAAUCUAUUAUUAAUCCAGUACCAUCUUCACUUUUGCUGGAUCCUGAAACUGCAAACAGCCACCUUACUAUUUUUGAAGACCGUACUGCAGUGAGCUACAGUUCUACCCGUAAGCAGUAUUCUGACAACCCAAAGAGGUUCUUCGGUCAGCUUGCUGUGCUCGGAUGUGAGGGAGUCAGGACUGGAAAACACUACUGGGAAGUGGUAGUAAAGAACAAGAACGAAUGGAGCAUGGGCGUUAUCAACGAAUCUAUCGAAAGGAAGUUUAGCCCACAGAAGAAACCUGAAGAAGGAUUCUGGAACUUGUACCUUAGGGAAUAUGAUGUAUACAAGGCCAUGGCUUCACCCCCUCAAAUUCUCAGCUUGCCUAGGAAACCCCAGAAAAUUGGGGUGUAUUUGGAUUAUGAGGGAGGGCAAAUCUCAUUUUAUGAUGCAGAUGACAUGUCACACCUGUAUACAUUCACUGAUACCUUCACUGAGACAUUGUAUCUGUACCUAAACCCGUGUAAUAAUGAAUUUGCUCCUAACUUGGCCCCCCUGAAAUUGUUUCACUUAAAUCUGUAGGAGCAGUUGAUAACUUCAUUCAUUUAUGCUGGGCAAAACUCUGAUACUGAAGCAUGCUGGGGGCAUUUGGCCUGCAAGCUGCUUCCCUAGAACUAUCAGCUGUUAAACACAGAAGUGCACAGCAUGUUAUAAUCAUUAUGAUUAACUUGUAAAAUAUCCUUUUUGAGCCCUUUCUACUGAGAGCUGUACAGCUGUCGUUAAUCUCUGCCUCUACUUCCCCAGACCUUGCUUUACUUCUAAGUGUCUUGAGUACACAUGGACCUUUGCUACUACUUUCAUUUUCUGUACAAAUGCAUGAAGGCUGUUGCAGAAACCCACCACCCAUUGUAUGAAAAGUUACUUCCUCACAUUUCUCCUAGGUAUGCCUUUCAAUGAUUGUAUCAUGCAUUCAUACCAAUCAGUUCCAUUUUUAUACAACAUAUUUUUGUCAUGUGACUUUAUUUUAUUUAUUUAAAUUAAAUAAAUAAAAGUAAAUGUGACUUUAUACUACCUUUAUUUGAAGAUCUAAUUCAUACAUUGUGCUUUAGUUUCAUUAUAUGCAUCAUGAGAUUCUUUGUGUAUGUGUCACAUUUUUGGAGCAGGUUUAUUACUAUUUCAUGUGCCCUAUCCAAUCUGUUGUCUAUAAUGCUCUAAUGCAUUGCUCAAGAUGGGUGAACUCCAGUUUUGUAUCUGGCAGGGAUCUGGUAGGGAUGCUUCUCUUCUCUUUGUUAAAAUUCUUCUAGCCCUGCCACUUGCUUUAUUAUACAGACUGGUCACAUUAACUUUAUUGGCGAUGAUUACAUGCAAAUUUUACUCCUGCUUAUGUUUAUCAGUUUUGUGGCAUUUGUUGUGUUCCUUACCCCAGAAGUGUGGUUUGUGGGUGGUAGAACUGUUGUAUUUCUUUAUUCUUUAUCUUGGAGUCAUUUAUUAAAGCAUUAGUAAAACGAAGACCGGGCUUAGAUGCUAGAACUUACCACUAUUGUAUGUGACUCUUCAAUUUCACAAGAGUGACUCAUGCACACGAAAACUGGGUACAUCCCCUACAUUUCACAUCAAAAAAUAUGUCCCUGCACUUGUUCAACAGAAUAGUAUUUAAAAUUCCGAUUGACAGUGAUCUCCCAAUAUCAUCUGACCAGCCACGUUCUAGAAGUUCAUAACUUUUUGUAUGAUUUUCUUUAUCGUACCUGCUUUACAUACUGUGCUCAUUACCAGAUUGGUUUAUACUGAGAAUUGGUGGUCUUCCAGGGAUUACUGUAAUCAGUACUCUGCACUUGAUUGUCUUCCACGGAUUACUGUAAUCAUUAUUCCACAUUUGGUUGUCUUCCAUGGAUUACUGUAAUCAGUACUCUGCACUUGGUUGUCUUCCAUGGAUUACUAUAAUCGUUACUCUAUACCUAGUUGUUUUCCACAGAUUACUGUAAUCAUUACUCUACACUUGGUUGUCUUCCACGGAUUACUGUAGUCAUUACUCUACACUUGGUUGUCUUUCAUGGAUUACUAUAAUCAUUCCUCUACACUUGGUUGAGAAUAAAGUUGAUUCUUUGACUUUGUUUCCCUGAUAUUAAUCUGAUAGCUUUUUCUCUUACAAAUCACUACCAGUGCAGUUUCUAGUCGCGUGAUGGCAGAGAUUUUGUGGGUGGAUUUUUGUCUUCUUUUCUUUGCUUUUCUGCAUAUCUGAGUGGCCAUUGCAUUAAUAUGUAAGUAUUGAGGUAUGGGGGAACAAGUCCCCUACAUAAGGGGUUUGCCUUUCUGCAAAAUUUUUUUUUUUUUUUUUUUUUUUUUUUUUUUUUUUUUUUUUUUUGUAUGCUUUGUUGAGUUGUAGCUUUGAUCAGCAUAUAUAGGCCAGCUGAAGCUUCUGUGAUAAUGGAAGUUGCAAUAUUUAUUUUCUCUGUUCAUGUUUAUCUUUUAAACAAAGAUAUUACCACAGUUUAAAAAGGCAUCAGACAGUAAACUGAAGUUUAAAACAAACAAAAAAAAAAGAUGUUCCUAUUUUUAAGGAACUAACACUUGACAACUGAAAGUAGAGUUUGUUUUUAAUGAAAAUUUAGGUUUAAGAAUCUUGAAUUCAUUGGAAGGGUUUGCUUUGAACAUGCCGAGUUCUUCAUUGUAGUUGACCAUUCAUCCUCUGCAGAACACUCUGAAUAGUGUAUCUAUUGUACAUUCAUUACAGAAGAAGAAGACAACACCAAGAGUGGUGCUGAAUGCCCAUGACGAUUGCAGUGAUUUUUGUUAGAAGAGUUAUCAGACAUUGUCCCAAAGGCUGAAACAUUUUCUGCUUGCUUUUAUGUUGAUACUGUGUUUUCAGCAUCUGCUGCAUCUCUUAUACUGGUGGAACAAAUUAUUUAUCUUAUUAAUUCAGUUCAAGACUGAAUUGUUCUUUAAAAAUGACACUACAUUAUAAUCCCUGCUGAGAACCUUUGCAUUGUUUUACUUAUUGCAGAUGAAGAACACUGUAUUUUUUGGCAAUUAAAUAAAGCCUCUGUGUAGCUAAUUUCAAAGGACCAGAAGAAAUGAUAUGCUGUUUCAAGACUUGAUAUUGAAAAAAAUUAAGACAGCCCUCUAUUUAAUGACCGGAGUACCAGUCAGCUGAUUGUUAUACUGUAACAUUAAAAAAUAAAUAAAUCAAAUAUUCAAAGCUUGUCUAA